GAGCUGAGUCUCUCACCCGGUGGCGGAGGCAAAUCCCCAAAAGCCCGCAAGCCAAAUUCCCCAACCCCCACCACCUCCACACUCCAGUAAGCUCCCCCGCCUCCUCCCCUCCCUCGAUCUCCCUCCUCCUCCAAUUCGUUCUGCUUCUGCUGCUACAGCUGAUUCGAAAUCGCUCCACUGCUACUGCUACUACUACUACUAAUCUCUCUAUACUACUACUACUACCUGUUUCAAUCAAUCGAUCGAUCAAUCAUGCCGCGCGUAGGUUUUUUCCGGCGCAAAGGGUUAGGGUUUGUCGGCGGCGGCGGCGGCGAUGUCGGAUCGGCAGCCGUCGGAGGAGCCGGAGGAGCAGGUGGACCUGGAGGGGGACGACGACGGCAUGGACGACGACGACGGCGGGUACCGCCGCCGCGGCGGCAGCCGGGACGACUCGGAUGAGCCCGAGGAGGACGACGACAAUGAUGAGCGCCACGGCGGUGGCGACGGCCGCGGGGACGAUGACGCCGGGAUGGAGCCGGAGCCGGCCGCCGGAGGAGGCCGAGGAAAAGGCGGGGACGAGACGGGAAAGGGCGCCGACGCCGACGCCGACGCCGCCGCGGGUAGCGGGCCUGAGGAUGAGGAUGAGAGGAGCAAGUGGGACGAACUGCUCGCCCUGCCGCCCCAUGGCUCCCAGGUCUUCAUUGGCGGCCUGCCCCGCGACAUCACGGAGGACGACCUCCGUGAGCUGUGCGAGCCCUUGGGAGAAAUCUACGAGGUGAGGUUGACCAAAGAUAAGGACACCAACGAGAACAAGGGGUUCGCCUUUGUCACCUUCACCGACAAGGACGCGGCGCAGCGUGCCAUCGAGGAUGUGCAAGACAGGGAGUACAAGGGGAGGACUUUGCGGUGCUCUCUGUCGCAGGCAAAGCACAGGCUGUUUAUUGGGAAUGUGCCCAAGGGGCUGAGCGAGGAGGAGCUGACCAACAUUAUCAAGGGGAAGGGGCCAGGUGUCGUCAACAUUGAGAUGUUUAAGGAUCAGCAUGACCCGAACCGUAACCGUGGCUUUCUCUUUGUUGAGUAUUAUAAUCACGCCUGUGCAGAAUAUGCCAGACUGAAGCUUUCAUCACGAAACUUCAAGGUUGAUGGGAGCCAAUUGACUGUUAGUUGGGCUGAACCUAAGGGUCAAACAGAUCCUUCAUCUGCAGCUGCACAGGUGAAGACUAUAUAUGUGAAGAACCUACCUGAGAAUGUUUCUAAAGAGAAGAUCAAGGAUCUGUUUGACAAACACGGAGAGGUCACAAAAAUCGUUCUGCCUCCUGCCAAGGCUGGGCAUAAGAGGGAUUUUGGCUUUGUUCACUUUGCUGAGAGAUCAAGCGCACUGAAGGCAGUUAAAGGAAGUGAAAAAUAUGAAAUUGAUGGUCAAGUACUGGAAGUAUCCAUGGCCAAACCUUUGGCAGAUAAGAAACCUGAUCAUUCACACAGGUCUGGAGGAGGCCCUAACUAUCCUCUUCCUCCCUAUGGUGGUGGUGGUGGUUACAUGGGAGAUCCAUAUGGUGCUUAUGGUGGCGGCGGUGGUGGUCCUGCAUACAACCAGCCAAUGAUAUAUGGCAGAGGACCAGCACCGGCAGGAAUGAGGAUGGUGCCGAUGGUGCUUCCCGAUGGUCGCCUUGGUUAUGUCCUGCAACAACCUGGUGGAAUGCCUCCCCCGCCCCCACCACGGAGGGGUGGCGACCGAAGAGACAGUAGCAGAGGCGGCGAAGGGCACAGCCGGCGAUAUCGCCCUUACUAGCUUUGCCCUCAUGUGCGCUCUACUCCCAUCACCGUGUGAAGCAUUUGUUAACUUAAUGAGAUGAGAUAGGAGCGUGUGUUCUUGUUCCAGUAUAAGGUCUGCAAUGGCACGAUGCUUGUACCAUCUGUUUCUUCAGUAACUUGAUUUUACCAUGCAGCGCAUGUGACUUGAAACUCUGUGAUAGCCUUAUAUUGCUUCCUGCCUUCUGGCACCUGUGUUAGUGAACUGAUGAACGAAGUGCCUGUGAACUCUGAAAGCUUUGUUUAGAGUGAUUAUUUUGCUGUCUUCUA